AUGAGACCUGUUUUGAAAGCGUUGGCGUACAGUAGCCUUGUUGCAAAAUUCAGCGAGAAACACAUCCAGGUGUUCUUUGAUGUGAAGAUUGGAGACAGAGACGUGGGCAGAAUUGUCAUUGGAUUGUUCGGAAAAGUUGUCCCGAAGACAGUGGAGAAUUUCAUUGUGCUGGCGACUGGAGAAAGAGGAUAUGGAUACAAAGGAAGCACAUUCCAUCGUGUGAUCAAGGACUUCAUGAUUCAAGGAGGAGACUUUACAGCUGGAGAUGGAUCAGGAGGAAGGAGUAUCUAUGGAGAGAGAUUUCCAGAUGAGAACUUCAAACUUAAGCAUUAUGGAAUUGGAUGGGUUAGCAUGGCUAAUUCUGGCCCAGAUACUAACGGAUCCCAAUUCUUCAUCAGUGUGACAAAGCCUUCCUGGUUGAAUGGAAAACAUGUAGUAUUUGGCAAAGUUCUUGAUGGAAUGUCUGUGGUGCACUCGAUAGAGCUUCAGCAGACAGAUGAACACGAUCGCCCCCUUCAAGACUGUGUGAUUGUGAACAGUGGCAGAGUAUCUGUGAAGGAACCAUUUGUGGUUGAAGUGGAUGACUGGUGAAACCAACAAGAAUGGGAAAUUAAAUGUAAUCAUUUUUCUUCUAGGCCUAAGUUUUUGACUGAUCUCAGUUAUCCGUUGACUUUUCUCCUCAAAACAUAUAGGCUAUAC